AUGUCUUCCCGCCAGAAUCACACCAUGUCUACAAUGUCUUCGCAGAUACUCACAAUCACAGACAGAAAAGUAGCAGAAACAUCGGCUCCUUCCUUGUUGCCGUGUCAGAUUCAACAUGACGGUUACCUUGCCCGCGCUGAAACAUACUGGGCGCCUCGCAACGUCAAAGGUAACACAACCAGGAAAGCAUAUUUCAGAGGUAGAAAACUCCAAGGAAGGGCAGUUACAUUACCAGAUCAAUACGAAGGAGUUGUCCUCCAGCAAGCGCUUGGAAACAAGACAAGCCACAAUGUAGUUGUCGCAAAGCCCCAGAACCCAGACGGACCGGAAAAACCAAUCGCAAUCCAACAGCUCCAAACACUCUCGAGAUUCGACGAGAUCAUCGUAUGGAGCCAAGACUCUCCCGAGAACUGCUCAUCAGACCCGUAUAUGAGAGUAUUAGACGAGUGGCUCGUGUCUGCCAAUUCGCUAAUGGUGGUUAGAUCCAUGCGAACUAGGUCACUCGCCCACUGGCAGCAUAGUCCUGAUAUAUGCGAUCCUGCUGGGAAUAUUUGUACGGCUGUAUUUGAAUCUAGGGAUGCGACCCAUGGCCAUGGUGGGCUGAAACGCUGCUGUUCUAUUCCAAACCAAGGGGUAUUUCUGGCUACAAGCAAUGGCUGCGAGGAAUUGCAAUUACCGGGUCACUUUGCAAGAUGGCCGACACAUGCGUGGGUGUAG